GUCUCUUCUCGGCUGUUCUCGCUGUAGUUGAGGAAAGUGUCGCGAGAGCUGGUUGCCUUGGCUCCCCGUAGCUAUAGCAGCCGCGGCGGUUAAGGAUGCGGCGGCGGGAGCGCUCUCCGGCACGGCUUGCUAUUCUAGUCUCAGAAGAAAGGAGAAGAAACUUUCCGAAGAUCUGGAUGGGACGCUAGGAUUUGGCACACAUUGUGAAGAAGAGCAUCAACAAAAACCCUAGAUAAUCUAAACCAGCUUCUUGUCCUCGUGGAAUCUUGUUGGAAAACUCUCCAGUCCAUAAGAAGCCUUAUAAACAAGCCUGAAGAGCGAAUCAUACUCUGAUCCUGGAGACUGGUGGAGUUGAGGGUUACGUCCAUUUCGCCAGGACUUCUGGAGGCAACGGAAGAGAGCCUGAAGGAGUUGACACUGCCAGUUUCUCCGUGUGCAUUAACCCUGCGCCAUGUGACACUGUUUGGAACAAGGGAGAGGCGGGUCUGUCAUCUGAAUCUAAGAGGAUACCUGGGCCAUUUGAGUUUCAUACAUGGUGCUUGGCAAGUUGGAAACUUGAAAUCUUUGGCGAUAAAUCCACAAAAAUUCAAGAUUUCCUUUCCUUUGAGGACUUUAGUAGAUGAAACUGCUCUACCAUAAAGAAGUGAGGUCCUCUCUGUGUUUCUAGGCUAAAUGUGAACAAUGUCUUGGAAGAGAAAUUACUUUUCCGGGGGCCGUGGGAGUGUCCAGGGGAUGUUUGCACCUCGAAGCUCAACCUCCAUAGCCCCUAGCAAAGGCCUCAGCAAUGAGCCCGGGCAAAACAGCUGCUUCCUCAACAGUGCCCUGCAGGUCUUGUGGCACUUAGACAUCUUCCGCCGUAGUUUUAGACAGCUUACAACUCACAAGUGCAUGGGAGAUUCCUGCAUCUUUUGUGCUCUCAAGGGAAUCUUUAACCAGUUUCAGUGCAGCAGUGAAAAAGUGCUUCCAUCUGACACUCUCCGCAGUGCACUGGCAAAGACUUUCCAGGAUGAACAGCGUUUCCAGCUGGGAAUUAUGGAUGAUGCUGCCGAGUGCUUUGAAAACCUCCUGAUGAGAAUUCACUUCCACAUUGCUGAUGAAACCAAAGAGGAUAUAUGUACUGCCCAACACUGCAUAUCUCACCAGAAAUUUGCAAUGACCUUGUUUGAGCAGUGUGUGUGUACCAGCUGUGGUGCCACUUCGGACCCGCUGCCUUUUAUCCAGAUGGUGCAUUACAUUUCCACCACUUCCCUUUGGCUCAAUUCUGGUCAGGCAAGUGAGAGGAGAAAUGGGGAGUGUAUGAGCUUUGCUUUAGCCGUUACUGGCAACCAGGCUAUUUGUAUGCUGGAAAGGCGAGAAAAACCUUCCCCCAGCAUGUUUGGUGAACUGCUGCAGAAUGCCAGCACUAUGGGGGAUCUGCGCAACUGUCCUAGCAACUGCGGAGAGAGGAUCAGGAUUCGCCGUGUGCUGAUGAAUGCUCCACAGAUUAUUACCAUUGGGCUGGUAUGGGAUUCGGACCACUCAGAUUUGGCAGAGGAUGUCAUCCACAGCCUGGGCACCUGCCUUAAGCUGGGUGAUCUGUUUUUCAGAGUGACUGAUGACCGGGCCAAGCAGUCUGAGCUGUAUUUAGUAGGAAUGAUUUGUUACUAUGGCAAACAUUAUUCUACAUUCUUUUUUCAAACGAAGAUCCGCAAGUGGAUGUAUUUUGAUGAUGCUCAUGUUAAGGAGAUUGGACCCAAAUGGAAAGAUGUGGUGACCAAAUGCAUCAAGGGACAUUAUCAGCCUUUGCUGUUGCUGUACGCAGACCCCCAGGGCACCCCUGUGUCCACUCAGGACCUGCCCUCCCACGCCCAGCUGCAGUCCUUCAGCAGGGCAUGCUACGACAGUGAAGAUUCGGGGAGGGAGCCCUCCAUCUCAAGUGACACUCGAACAGAUUCCUCAACGGAGAGCUAUCCCUACAAACACUGUCACCAUGAGUCUGUGGUCAGUCACUUCUCUUCUGAUUCUCAGGGGACAGUCAUCUGUAAUGUGGAGAAUGACUCCAUGUCCCAGAGCAGUCGGGACACAGGACACCUGACUGAUAGUGAAUGUAAUCAGAAACACACUUCCAAGAAAGGAACCCUGAUCGAUCGCAAGAGGAGCUCUGGCCGAGUUCGGAGGAAAGGCGAGGAGCCCCAGGCCUCGGGCUACCACAGUGAAGGAGAGACGCUGAAAGAGAAGCAGGCUCCAAGGAAUGCCUCCAAGCCAUCCAGCAGCACUAACCGGCUGAGAGAUUUUAAAGAGACAGUCAGCAACAUGAUUCAUAACAGGCCUUCCCUGGCUUCUCAGACCAGUGUAGGCUCUGCCUGUGCAGGGAGGGCAGAGCAGUCUGACAAAAAACCCCCCAGGACCCUGCCCUUACAUACUCAUGACUGGGAAAUAGAGAGCACCAGCAGCGAGUCAAAAUCCAGUUCUUCCAGCAAGUACCGUCCCACGUGGCGACCCAAGCGAGAGUCCCUGAACAUCGACAGCAUCUUUAGUAAGGACAGAAGGAAGCAUUGCGGCUAUAUCCAGCUUAGCCCCUUUUCUGAAGAUUCAGCUAAAGAAUUGACACCAGAGGAGCUAAGCAAGCCACCUGCUUAUGACCUUAAAGCUGGAGGACCAAGCCCCCCGUACAAGCCCUGGGGCCCAGCGCGGUCAGGUUCCCACCUUUUAGAGCAGCACCCUCGCCUAAUUCAGCGAAUGGAGUCUGGCUAUGAGAGCAGCGAGAGGAACAGCAACAGCCCCGUCAGCCUGGACGCUGCCCUGCCUGAGAGCUCCAGUGUCUGCAGGGAUUCAAGUGCUAAGAGAUCAGUUGGCUUUGUCCCUUCCUGGCGUCAUAUCCCGAAGUCUCACAGCAGUAGCAUCCUGGAGGUGGAUUCUACAGCACCCAUUAGUGGCUGGACAAAGAGUCAGCCUUUCUCAGGUGGGGAGAUAUCUUCAAAAAGUGAACUGGAUGAACUGCAGGAGGAGGUGGUCAGGCGGGCCCAGGAGCAGGAACUUCGAAGAAAGCGAGAGAAGGAGUUAGAGGCAGCCAAAGGAUUCAACCCUCAUCCCAGCCGCUUCAUGGACUUGGAUGAACUGCAGAAUCAGGGGAGGAGUGACGGCUUUGAGCGGUCCCUGCAAGAGGCAGACUCAGUGUUGGAAGAGUCGCUGCGUAUGGAGCAAAAGGGAGACUGUGCUGCAGCUUUGGCGCUCUGUAACGAAGCUAUCUCUAAACUAAGACUUGCCCUGCAUGGUGCCAGCUCUAGCACGCACAGCAGAGCCCUAGUCGAUAAGAAGUUGCAAAUCAGUAUUCGAAAAGCACGGAGCCUGCAGGAUCGCAUGCAGCAGCAGCAAGCAUCGCAGCAGCCGUCGCAACCCUCAGCCUGCCUCCCAUCACAGGGGGGCACCUUCCCUCAGCCAACAAGUGAACAGCCUGUCCCGCUCCAAGUAUUGUUAAGCCAGGAGGCCCACUUGGAAUCCUGCACCAACCCAGAGUUUGGAGCCAGUUCUUUCUUCCACUCACCUGCUUCCUGCCAUGAGCCACAUUCAUCACUCUUCGCAGAGUCACCUGCCCCAUCAGCCCCACAGCACCGCUCUCCCAGUAGAUCUGCCUCGAAGCUUCUGACUUCAGUGGAGGUGGACAGCAGUGACCACUCUGCAGUCCACAGACAGGGUCUCUCCAAAACCCCAGAGAGGACAGAGAAGACAUCUCCUCCUGGCUGGGUGCCAUCAACUGCCUCAGAGGGGAAGCCACAAGGCCACAGGGAUGACAACGGCUGCAGCAAGUUCCCUCCACAAGAAGGAAGAAGCAUUGCUCAAGACCUGAUGCUCCAAGAAAAGAGGGAGCCCACUGACCAGACUCUGGUGAUACCUGGACCGCAUCCCACUGCAACAGCUUCCUCUGAGAAAGAUGGGCACCCUUUGGGUUCCUCAGCUCAGCCCAGCCUUCCCCCAUACAGGGCCUGCCACACCAUAUUGCCUGCUGCUGCUUCAUCUGUGCUUCACUCUCCUGAUGCUGUGCAGAAAGCUAACCAUUGUAUCCAAGCCCAAAGCCCCCAAACGCCAUUGACUUCAAAAGUUGACAGAGGCAGUGAGGGGCCCUCCAGGCCCGACUUUCCCAGCACCAAGGGACUUGUCCGCUCUCUGACAGAGCAGUUCCAGAGGAUGCAAGGUGCCUCCACAAGGGACAGUCCAAGUUCCCAGGAAAGACAUUUGCCAAAUAGUUUAAAAAAGAACUCUUCUCCCUCUGACUUGAAGCCUCUUUUUGUACAGGAUCAAGGCAAAGGCCACGGCCCUUGGGCAAAUCAACAACCCUCUCUGGACGGUAGGGACAGACUGCCUUCCUGGGAAGACCCUGCUGACCAUCAUUUUCUUGCCACGAACUCUGGACUGCCUAAUGGUGAAACUGCUGGGGGAGGCCAACCUCGGUUGGCAGAGUCAGGUACACAUCAAGGGAAGCUGUCCCAAGUAAGAGAUGCUAGGCCUAAGGAGCCGGGCAGUAGUAUCGACUUGGGGUCUUCCUUGCCUCUGGACUCCUGGGUGAAUGCCACCAGGCUGUGUGAUUCUCAGCUUAAACAUGGGGUUCCUGAGCCAGGAAUUAUGUCUUCCUCCCACAAUUCCCAUACAUGUGUAACCUAUUCAGAGAGAAAUCAUAUCCUUUUGCAUCCACAUUGGAACCAAGACACGGAGCAGGAGACCUCAGAACUGGAGUCUCUCUACCAGGCGAGUCUUCAGGCUUCUCAAGCUGGAUAUCCUGGAUGGGGGCAGGAGGACGUAGCCUGGCACUCACUUAGCCAAACAGGCUCUGCCGAUGGCGUGCGAAGGAGGCUUCAUUCUGCCCCUGGUCCUGGUCUCUCCAAGACCCCAACAGCAGAAAUGGAGCUGCGUCCUCAUGAAGCCAGCACAGCACCUGUGGCCCAGGCUGCCGCUUGCCGAGGCCUCGGCAGGGAGUGUGGGGAGGAUGACCAGUACAGUGCAGAGAACUUUCGCCGCAUCUCACGCAGUCUCAGUGGCACCGUUGUCUCAGAGAGGGAGGAGGCUCCAGUCUCUUCCCACAGUAUUGAUUCAUCAAACAUGAGGAAAAAGCCUUUGGAAACCUGGCACCGUUGUUCCAGCUCCUCUUCCCUCCCUGUCAUCCAUGACCCUCCUGUGUGUCUCCUUGGUCCCCAACUCUAUCCUCCCCAUCCACAGUUCCUGUCCCCAGAUGUCCUGAUGCCCAGCAUGGCAGGGGAGCCCCAUAGAUCCCCAGGAACUUCGAGGAGUGUCCAGCAGUUUUUGGCUGUGUGUGACAGGGGUGAAGCUUCCCAAGGGGUCAAGUACACAGGAAGGACUUUGAACUACCGGAGCCUCCCCCAUCGCUCCAGAGCAGAUGCCUCCUGGGGACCCUGGGCCGAGACCAACCAGCGUGCAGAGGCCAGAUUCCUGACUGCUGCUGAGUGCAAACCUCAGCUAAUCUACACUGCCACACUACCAGAAAGAAGCCAGGGCCUGCAGGUUCCUCACGCUCAGUCCUGGGGAGAUCUUUUCCAUUCAUCUUCCCUGCCUCCUGUCAUUGCCCCUGUGUCUUCAUCAUCUAGCAGUCCUCAUGUACCCCUUAGAACAGCUUGGGAUGCAGGUCCUGUUCCCGGGUUCCGGGCCCCUGGUCCUCGCAGAGUAGAUAUGCCACCAGAUGACGACUGGAGGCAAAGCAGUUAUGCUUCCCAAUCUGCAUACAGGAGGAGAGGGGCCGAGGGGUUUCUGUUUGUUCUCACAGAUGCCCCAGGAAGAGAACAGAACAGGGCUAGAGCCCUGCAGCACAGCAGGUGGUAAGGGUCACCGCUGUCCUUUCCUGGGGCCACCCCUUUCUGCUGUGGCACAGAGGGUACCCUGCAUCCUUGCCAGGAUUGUGCUAUUCUCACCUCAACUGACAAUUGGCAAUUUCUCCUAGGAAUGCCAGGAACCUUUAAACUUGAGACCUGGCUCUUUAACGAAAGAUAUUUGAAAUUCCAACUCCCAUGUCCCCUAGCAAAAGGAAGCAGCUGCUGUUUAAGACUUUAUUUGAGUCACUUUAAAGAUUAAUCUAUAAUAUUACUCAUGACACUAGCCAUUCCUUGGGGUCUUGUCAUUAUUUUGUCCCUGGAUAUUCUAUUCGCCCACUUUCACCUAAGCCAUCAUUACCUGUUCCCCCACUGUGUUCCCAACUUACAUUUUCUUUGUCCGAACUACCUGACCUUUUCUCUGCUCAGCCCCAUCCUUAGAGAGAUAUGUAGCCCUGGGGUUCUAGUGCUACCACAUCCUUCAGGACAGCCCACCUGCCUGGGAGUUAUGGCCUCUCUACCUUCCCUGUCUUCCUACACCUUAAACUUGGAAUGCAGAGCUGCCAAUAUAACAUUUGCCCUUCUGAACAGAUGGAGUCAGGCACACUAACACACCCUCCUGUCAGCAGCAGAGCCAUCACUGCCACUGCUCAGUCGCUGUUGUAAACCCUCAGAGUCAGCUGAACUAUUUUAGGGCCAAACAUACUGUUUUUUGUAAAGUAUUUUUCAUUAAUAAAUCUAUAAGAUAGUUCUAUUU